ACCUACCUCGUUGAACGCAGAUUGUGCGAGGCGUUUCGCCUCGAAAGAAAAACAUCUUGGACCCUUUCUAAACCUGGAAUAUUUCUCUGAAAAUUAUUUUUUUAUCUUUAAAAAUCCAAGUGUGGGCAAGUUUCCCUCUGGAGUGACUGCUGAAGACUCUCGCAAGACGUUCAAGGUGUUUCCAAACUGGACUUUCCAAACACACUACACAUCCCGAAUUUGCCAAUGACAUAAUCAAGGCUUCGCAGACUGCCUGGGGUCAGGUCAUCUAACCCCAACGGUGCAGGAUUGUUGUGGCAUCGUUGUGAAGUUGAAAGGAAGCUGAUUUUCAAGUCAUCAUGCCGGCCCUCUCCACCAGAACUGGCAGUGAGAUAGGUCUGUAUGAGCUGCUGUCUGUACUCCCGUCUCAGCUGCAGCCUCAUGUUGAGAGCGCAGAUGACCGCUCCUUUCUACACGCUAUGUUCGGAGAGAGGAGUCUACACUCAUUGGUCAAGAUCCAUGAGAAGUUGCAGUGUUAUGAAGACCGCUCACCAACUCCAGUACUGGACAGCGCCGGCUCACUGGCCCAAGACCUGACAGAGGAACUUCAGGAACGAGGUGCAAGUGGCGAGAUCAGGGAGCUUGUCAGACUACUGUCCAAACCACAUGUAAAGAGUUUGUUGUCAGUUCAUGAUAUUGUGGCCAGGAAGAGUUACGAUCCAGAACUUCCUCCUUUGCCAGAUGACAUCGAUGAUGAAGAAGAUUCCGUCAAGAUCAUUAGACUGGUCAAGAAUAAAGAGCCUUUGGGUGCCACCAUAAAGAGGGACGAGCACACAGGAGCGAUCAUAGUGGCGCGCAUAAUGAGGGGCGGAGCAGCAGACAGAAGUGGUCUGAUACAUGUCGGGGAUGAGCUAAAGGAGGUCAACGGCAUCCCCAUAGAUGACAAAAAACCUGAGGAAAUAAUCCGCAUCCUGGCACAGUCACAAGGUGCCAUCACAUUUAAAGUGGUACCAGGCAUCAAAGAGGAUGCGCCAAACAAACAACCCAAGAUGUUUGUGAAGGCACUUUUUGACUUCAGCCCAGAAGAGGAUAAUGCGAUCCCUUGCAAAGAGGCAGGCUUGGCGUUCAAGAAGGGAGAUAUCCUGCAGAUUAUGAGUCAGGAAGAUGCCACCUGGUGGCAGGCCAAAAACGAAGGCAACGGGAACCCGCGCGCUGGUCUUGUCCCUUCCAAACACCUUCAGGAAAGGAGGUUUGCAGUAUGGAGACCAUUGACCGUCGCACUGCCACAGAGGACCCCCAGCAAACGAUUUAAUGAUGAUCAGGAUGUUGAAUGGGUGGAGGACAUUGAAGAGGACACUGAAUUUGCCAGCUAUUUAAGUGGACUCCAUGUUGCGGGUCUGCGGAGGAGUUUUCGUCUCAGCAGAAGAGAUAAGAAGACAAAUAAAUCCAUGUAUGAAAGUAAGAGAAGUGAGCAGUAUGACACGGCUGACGUGCCCACGUAUGAGGAGGUGAUGUCUUACCGCAGGAAACCCGGAGAGAGACACAGACUUGUUGUUUUAGUUGGUCCUACUGGUGUUGGUUUGAAUGAGCUCAAAAAGAAGCUGUUGAUAUCCGACCCACAGCAUUUUGGUGUCACCGUCCCACACACCUCCAGAUCCAAGAGACAAUCUGAAAGUGAUGGAGUGGAGUAUCAUUUUAUCUCCAAACAUUCUUUUGAAGCAGACAUUCAUAACAACAAGUUUGUUGAACAAGGAGAAUAUAAGGGGAACUAUUACGGGACGAGCUUUGACUCUGUACGUUCAGUCAUGUCCAAGAACAAGGUGUGCCUUUUAGACGUACAGCCACACACGCUGAGGCAUCUUCGCACAGCCGAGUUUAAGCCAUAUGUGGUGUUCGUGAAGCCUCCGUCCAUCGAGCGUCUGAGAGAAACCAGGAAAAACGCUAAAGUCAUCUCAGGCAAAGAUGAUAAGGGCUCUUCUAAACCCUUCUCGGAGGAGGACUUCCAGGAGAUGAUCAAAGCCUCUCAGAUGAUGGAAAACCAGUACGGUCACCUCUUUGAAAAGGUCAUUGUGAACGAUGACCUCACGACCGCCUUCAGCCAGCUCAGGCAGGCGCUCAGGAAACUGGAGACAGAAGCUCACUGGGUGCCCAUCAGCUGGACUCAUUCCUGAGGAGCAGCGCACAACCCAGGACAAAACAUACAAGGGAACAAGACAUCAAUCAAACGUGCGGGGGGGGAAGCGAAGGACUAUGAACUCAAGAUUUCAGUUUUUUGUUUUAUUUGUGGCGGUAGAUGGUGACGGGGAUAAUGUUUUAGAGUUAGCUUAACAUACGUGAAGUGGUUUAUCUGUUCUUGGCGAGCUGAAGUGGAUGCUCAUAGGUUUGUUUAUGUUUGGUCAUGGUGGAUGUAGCCGAAGUGGUGUAAUUACACUCGGAACGUAGGCAAACGUUUGCUUGUUUAGCAGCGACACAGAACGUGCGUUUCAGACUGCCAGUCAAGUGGUCUGGUGGUGCUGACCGCGCCUCCGUGUAUUUUUAACAUUAGUUUAUAGAAACCAAAGGGAUGAUUAUUAUUUUUUCUGGGGUCAGAGUAUGCAUUUUUGUAUCAGAGUGAAAUUUGAGAGUAAGUAGAGUUUUGUUUUUAUUCUUGGGGCUGCUUUAGCACUCUAAACCGCUGGCUUGUUCUUCUGAAGCUGGUUAUAUCAGCAUUAUCAUAAAUAGAGAAAGGUCACGUGAUGCUCAGAAAGCCCAAAUACAUGUUAUUUAAAUAGGAAAUUAAUAUAUUUGGAUAGUUUUUACCUUUUUAGCCCUAUUGUGAUUUAUCAGAGCUGUGAGCACUCUGUUUUUUAUUAUGUCCUCAUUGCCGAUCAAGUGUGCAGGGUCCCUGUAUAUUGUUUCUCUUCUUUUCUUUCUCGUCUAACCCGAAAGGCCAGCUGAUGAGGGCAGGCACUCAGCAAACACUUAUAAGGCGGUGAAUGUACUGAGCUGAUUACAGGUCUCUCUCAACUCAAGUCUCAUGAAAUCAUCUAUAAAAAGAAACUUUACAGCAGGUUCCCAGCACUAUACACUUCUAGACAACUUUAAAUGAAACAAAGUCAUUGAAGGAAACGUUCUGCCGAAAAUGUCACUUCUGACAUCACUGAUUUACCCUUAGAAAAAGCAUUGGAUGCUUAUUUCUAAUGAAUAAAACUAAACAAGAUUAUGGAAAAGCCACCAAAAACUUUUAUUAUGCAUACUUUUUUGUCAUUAUCAUUUUUAGAGCUCAUCAUCUCCAUUCGUUUUCAUUGAAACAAGCAGAUACUGCAGCGGCUCCUUUAGGUUUCAAGAAUAUCAAACUUUUGAAAUGACAUGAGGGUACGUAAAUGACCGAAUUUUGAUUUCAGGUGAAUCGACGUUCAAAAUGGCCUUACCUAAUGAUAUGUUACUACAUACAGUACAUGUAUAGUUUUGUCAUUUUUACAGUCUUAUCUACAGCGCUAUUUAUAGGUUUUGGUUUGCAGUUGAGUUGUCAAGUCUGUCCGGAUCUUUACUAUGGACUGUUACUGUGUUUUAGCACUGAGUUGUGUAGUCGUACUUUCCAUAUGAACACACUAUGUAGUCUUUAACACCGAGGUGCACUGCAGUCUUCAUUCAUCUCAAUGUCAGUCUUGUCUUUAUCUCAUUUUAUGUACAUCGUCUCUGUUUCCAUCAUACUUGCGUAUACAGUAGAUGUACUGAUAGCAAGGCUUCACAACUCUUCUCAGGCUUUAAAACUUUUCUUAAUAUGGAAUAUGCAAGGUCAAUGUUAAAUCCGGUAUUUCCAGUUCCUCAUCUUAACCAUGUGGAAAUCUACAAUGUCAUCAUCUUAACAACAAUUCAAAGACUGUACAGCUACUGUUUUGUUCUGAGGAGAAUCAUGAGCUUACGACCUGUGCCGUUACAAAACCUCUCCAAACGGACAUUCAAAAUGUCAUGCAAUUUUGUUGGACUGUUAACUUUGUAUUAAAAAACAGCAUUGAGAAUUGAGGUCUGUUUGUGUCCUCGUGUUUCUGAUUAUCACCCAGUGCUUUCUUUAGUAGCAGUCUCAGGUCUUCAGACACAAAGAGCAAGUGUGACGGCCUCAUCGCUCAGAGCUCGCUGUCUGCUCACCGUCUGAGAAAGUGCCAAAAUAAACCAGCAGCCAACACAACCGCCCAUAAUCCUCCAGCUCCCCCUCUCUCACACAGCCCUGCCACUGCCGCUCAGAGCUGAUAGUGAGGACAGACGUGGACAGAUGAAAAAGAUGAAUGAAGAGAGAAAGAGAGGGAAGUGUAUCUGGCCAGACGGCGGUAACAAUGUUUUUUGAGACUGAUAGAGUGACUUUGUCUGCCUCACUUUGGCUAAAACUUUUAUCUGGUUAUUAACAUGAUAGAAAAUGCAAUUAUACUAGUUUAACUAAAGUGAUAGCUCACCUCAUCAUUUACUCCCCCUCUUGUCUUUUAAAACCGGUAUGACUUU